GAAAGAGAACAGAUGAAAAUUAAAAACAUUGCAAAAUACGUCGAAAUGUCUACAGCAUCAGUUCAUAAAUUUAGACGGGACACAUUCCCAGAUAUAAAUGGAGAACCUUUAAAAGAAUAUAAUAUUCAAAAAAGAGGAAGUAAAAAGAAAGAUUCUUCCAUUAUUGAAAGAAGUAUCAUAAGCCUAUUAAUGGAUAAUAACACUUUGACUAUUCAGGAGAUAUUGACUAUUCAGGAGAUAAUAGAAAAGUUACCUCCUGGUAUUCCAAAAACAAAAACCACAAUUAGUAAAUAUAUUAAAAAUAUUGGUUGGUCUAAAAAAAGGGCUGGCAAGGAGCCUGAUAGAAGAAAUACUCCCGGGGCUAUUAAUAUUCGUCAAAUUUAUUGUGCAAAGAUCUUAAAUAUCCCAAGAGAAAAUUUAUAUUUCUUAGAUGAGACUGGAAUAAACUUGCAUGUUGUACCAAUCUACGCCUGGGCGCCAUACAAUGUCCGUCCAAUAAUAAAAAUCCCAUCCUCUAAGGGUAAAAAUGUAAGUAUCCUUUGUACAAUCGGAAUUGGAGGGGUAAUUCAUUAUAAAAUAAUAGACGGAGCUUAUAAUGGGCUAUUAUUCCGUGAUUCUAUGACGGAGCUUAUUAGUAUCCUACCACCAGAUGCAAUCAUUGUAAUGGAUAAUGCAUCUAUCCAUAGAAGCCAUCUUAUCGAUUCGUAUAAAGGUAGGAUUGAAUACCUACCACCUUAUUCACCUCAGUUAAAUCCCAUUGAAAAUUUUUUUGGAGUUUUGAAAAAUAAAUUUAGAGCAAUCAAUCCCCGCCCUAAUUCAAGAGAUGAAAUUGUUAGGAAUAUUAUUCAACUCUUACACGGAUUUAUUCCUUAUGAUUUCACUAACUUUUACAAUCACAUGCAAAGCUAUUUGGAGUUGGGUUAUCGCGGGCAACUGAUUAAUUAGGUACCAACAUCAAAUUCGUG